UGACGUUUUAAAAAAGCUGCGAUAGUAUUAGUUAGAUCGUCAUUUUUGUCAUAUUUUCAAAUAAUAUUUACACAGAUCGUCUUUUCCACGCCUCCCGUUUCUAGCGAGUUUAGUGUGGAAAAAGCAAAAAAUAUUUACUUUGUUUUGGUAUCAACUCUUCCUGCCCUAACAUUUACUCCAAUCAAAAUGGCGGAGAAAGAGGAUGAAAGCGACAUGACAAGUGGGGCCGAGGAGAGCGACUGCUACAGCGGGGCCCAGCUGCCUGCUGGCCUUGAGUUGACGUGCGGCGAGAACCCUGUCGUGUCGCCGCACGUGUCGGAGAACAAGCACGGAGCUAACGGUCACUGUGAAGAACUAUCCGUCAGAGACGCGGCCGAAACUCCGGUGAUUUCGGAGUACUUGCAUGGCACUGCGCAGGAGGGGACGGUGCUGGGAAAGAGCUGCCAAGUUGUGAGCCCGUUCACGGGCGACGGACUGCUAACGGAACGGAACAUUAUAACCUCUUUCGUCGAGACACCCGGCGUUGAGACAGUUACGACAACUGAUUUCUCUGCUGUGACCAGUGAGGUAGUAGAGAGUGCACCGUCAACGAUGACCAUUAUUUACGUCCAGCCGGACGGCAGCUUUGUAGAGGGGACCGGGUUAACUGCGGAGGAGCAGCAACAGCUAGUGGAGCAGCUGGCGAAACAGCAGCUCGUUGAAGUUUCGGAGAACGAAGCCGCUCGCAUUUUCGAGCAGCAGCGGCAGCCGUUCUUUCUCGGCGGAGCUCUGGCGCCAAACGCGUUGCAACAAGUGAUAGAGCAGGUCGCCAAAUCACAACAGUCGGUCACGCACGCUGAGGUGCACAACGUGACGCCCCCGGUGCAGCGGAAGGAGCCGGAGCAGACGGCGCCCGAGCCGCCGCCCACCUGCAUCUCCCUCCAGCCGGGCUGCCUGCUCGCUGCGGGGGCUCAGCUGGACGCGGCGGUCCGGUCGCAGCCGCUGACCAUCGUGCAGAACGCCUCCCAACAGCUGCAGAACGUCGCCAAGCAGGUGGCCCUGCAGCAGAGUCAGUCGCAGAACGGCACGCGCCUGAUCCAGAAGCAGCUGGAAACCAUCCGAAUUCAAGUCCAGGUGCCCAAGGAGCGGCCCAUGCCUCCCCGCGUCGUGCUUCAGCAGAAGGCCACUGCUGUGCCCGCCCAGCCCAGAGUGAGCGUCCAGCCCGGAGGCGUGAGCAUCGCCAACCCCCAGAUCAUCGGGGCGCAGCAGCAGUAUGUCCUUCACAACCCCGGGGACCCCCCCAUUCAGCUGCUGCUCCAGAGAUCCACCCCUGGGGGGAACACGUUCAUCCCCCUGCUGCAGAGACUGCCCACACUGACGCCUGUCAACGGCAAGGCCGUCCGGCCGGCUCCCGCUCCUCCCCCUGCACCCCCGACAGAAAAGAAAGAGAGGCAGAGGGAGAAGAACAGGGUUAAGAGGCCCCAGAGGAUAAAGACCCGCUCCGGCAGAGUGUCCCGGCCCCCCAAGCACAAAGUCAAGGACUACAAAUUCAUCAAGAGGGAGGAUCUCGUGGACGGCCAUCCGUCCGACUCCGACGACUACUCCGAGAUCAGCGAGGAGGAGGAGGACGGAGAGGAGAGCAAGAACAGCCUGGCCAUGACUAACUUCUACCUCAACUCUAAAGCUUUCAAGUGCAAGAGCUGUGACAAGGCCUACGUCGGGCACGGUGGCCUGUCUAGACACUACAGGCUAAACCCCACACAUGGAGAGCAGGGGACAGAGCCCCUCCCAGGGGCUCCAGCAGAGAGCACAGACCCUUCCGCUCCACAGACUGCAGACCGCACAUCUACAUCCACCAGCCAGACUCUGCCAAACCCUGCACAAGCUGUCCCCACGGCAACCUCGGCUGCGGCACCCCAGCUGACAGCAGGGGGACAGAAAGCUGAUCCAGACCCCACCUGCACAGCGCCAGCUCUUCCCUCUGGACCGGGUCGGCCAAAAGGACCAGGGAGACCAGGUCGACCCCGAGCUGCAGGACAUCCUGCCAGGAGAGGCAGGCCCGGUCGACCCCCAAAAAACCCAGGGGCAGCGAGUUUGGAGCAGCAGGCCCAGCGGAGGAGAGCACGGCUGAAGGAGGUGUUGCAGCAAUGUGAUGAUGAGGAGCUGAUGGAGAUGGUGCUUCCUCGUUUGGCCAGGGUCGUUACCCUCUGGGAGUUCCUGCUUAUGAAGGUUGAGAAGGGGCGCCCCUCCAGACCCCAGUUUUCGGAUGUGUACCGGGAGUUUGAGCAGCUUCACACCCAGGUGAAGAAGAUGGCACAUGAGCACUUCAGCGCGCCCCAUGGGCCAGCAUCCGUCACUGAGCUGGACACACGAGAGCCACAGGUGUUCCAGUCUCUGGGCCUUGAAGACCUGAUGACCAAAUCAAAGACCCUCCGCUCAGAUCCCAGCCUACAGAAAGCUGCCGAUGUCGUCCAGCACACCCUGCUGACCAAAAGAGUGGGCCAGCGUGAGGACUGCAAAACUUUGCCACCAGCAAAAAGGUUCAAACUGGAAAAUGCUACUGGGGAAACCAAUGGUAUUGAGCUCAGCCAGAAUGGGUCCAAGGUUGCUGAGGGAGGGCACUUGCUCAUGGAGCCUUCUAGAGGAGGUGUAGACUUGGGUUUGAGUGAGGCCCAGGCACCCGUGCUAACAGGGGAGGUGCUGGUGAAGAGCCAGGCCCCGCCCCUGGCUCCACCUGUACAGCUGGAGCUCCACCCACAGCCUCAGAUGGUCUUCACUGCCCUGGAGAGAGACAUCACCCCAGAGGAGCUGGUGCAGGAACAUCUGUCCAACAGCACAGAGAGGGCGGAGCCAACGGAGGUGAUGACCGUAGAUGGCGAGGGGCCGGGCUCUAACUACGGACUCUUGGAGACAACACAGGAAAGCCGAGGUGCUGCAGAGGAGCCGGCGGAGGUGAUGAACGACUCGGACAUCGCGGACCAGAUGCAGCAGCUGGAGCAGGCCCUGAGCACCGACGCGGUGCCGCUCGAGCACUCAGACAGGACGAACAGCCAGCAGCCCGUGGAGGCUGUGAACAGUGGCCUGGAGCAGGCCCUCUCUCUAGGGGGGGCUGUGGAGUUCCAGCUGGCAGAGAGCAGCCAAGGGGAGGGGCAGGAGCAGAUCUUCAUCCAAACAGAGGACGGGCUCAUCGUGCACCAGGCCACCUCUGAGCGCAUCGUCAUCGUCACGGCGCCCGAUGGCACCACCAUGCACAUUCGCGCCCCGGAGGGCGUGCCCCUGGAGACUGUGCAUGCCCUGUUGGGCAUCGAGACUGAAGGCAGCCACACUGAGGGCAUGCUGGUGGCAGAGACUCACCCCUAAUCGCCCUACGCAACCCUCCUGCACCAGGCUGGCUGUUAAGCACUUUUUUUUUCUAUUCUGGACAGUCUUUGUAAAUUUGUAUAAAUUAUCUUUUUGAAAUGGUUUUCAUAUAUAAAUGUUCACAAACUGC